UAGAAUUUUAAAUUAUUCGGGAAUUUAUUAUAAUUUGAAAAAAAUAUUAAAAGAAUUUUUUAAAUUAUAUUUUAAGUAUUAUUACAAACUAAUUUAUUAAGUAUUUACAUAAGCAACGUUUAUAAAAAGAUUUAAAAAUUAGUUAAUAACUUCUCUAAUAAAAUCAAAAAUACAUUGCGAGUACGAACGUUCUAAAAUUUUUUUGCAAUAGAUUUCCUAUGGAAUAAAAUAUUUUGUAAAUUUAUAAUCAUCGAUACAAAAGAGCAAUUCUAUAACAAUUUUAUCAAUUUGGCUUGCUAACUAUACUUUUAUUGUAACUAAACAUAAAAACUACGUUUGCAAUAUGAAUCUACUCAUAUAAUUUUCUUUUUGGUACAUGUUAGAAUUAAAUUAUGAAUCCACGUUAUUUACCAUUGCAAAUAUUGAAAAAAUUAAGUAUGAAGAAAUAUAAUCAAACUGCAAUACUACAAAGAAAAUUUUUGCAUUCUGGCCAAAUUCCUUUUCUUGAUGAGCUGUCACAAGAUUAUGAGGAAGUUGAAAUUCCAGUACCAUGGGGCCAUGUUUCCGGAAAAUGGUAUGGACCAAAACAUAUUCGUCCUAUUGUUGGACUACAUGGUUGGCAGGAUAAUUCUGGAACAUUUGAUACUUUAGCUCCAUUAUUACCCCAAAAUGUUGCAUUUCUAUCUAUUGAUUUACCAGGUCAUGGUUUAUCAUCUAGAUUACCAGAUGGCAUGUGGUAUGAUUCGGCAGUUAACUUACAAGUUCUUCAUCUUUUAAUGAAAGAAUACAAUUGGGAUAAAAUUUCAAUUAUUGGACAUUCAAUGAGCUCUAUUGCUUCUUUUAUAUUUUCUGCAUUAUUCCCAGAAAAAGUUGAAAUGGUUGUUGGACUUGAUGCACUUAAGCCUCAUAUAAGGUCAAAUGAUAAAGUUGUAGAAACUAUGAGAAAUCGUAUGAAAAAUUUUAUUAUUGCCGAUGAGAGAAAUCGUGAUAAAAGUGAACCACCAAGUUAUACAUACGAAGAUUUAGUUGAAAAAUUAUAUGUUGGAACCUUUCAUUCAAUAGAUAAGGAUAAAUGUAAGCAUAUUUUGGCUAGAAAUAUUAAAAAAUCCCUCAAGUAUCCAGACCAAUACUUUUUUGCAAGAGAUAGCCGGUUGAAAUCGUACAACUAUACUGGAUUUUGGCCAGAAUUAAAUUUGGAACUAGCAAAAAGAAUCAAUGUACCAUAUUUGUUUAUUAAGUGUACCGGAUCAACUUAUUUUGAAUCAAAAGAAUAUUUUGAUGAAGCACUAGAGGUAAUGAAAAAAAAUCCAAAAUUCGAGUUUUAUGAAGCUGAAGGAUCUCAUCAUGUUCAUUUGAAUGAGCCAGAGAAAAUUAGUGCAAUUAUAAAUCCUUUCAUAGAAAAGUACCAUACAGCAAAAGAAGAUUAUUCAAAAAAGCGUGAGGGUUGUUUUACAUUCUUAUAAGAAAGGUUCAAAAAUAUCUAACAAAUUAUGGUUACUAGUUCAAGGAAUAUCAAAAUUAAUGAGCGCGAGGAAAUUAA